AAAAAUAUAAUUGGCGUUUAUCUUUUCAUCUUACCGUCGCUUUCAAAUGUGGGUUUGGUCUUCGUCGUUGGGCGGACAUAAAAGGGAGAGAGGGGUACUAAGCUUUGAGUUGGUGAAUUUGUUAUAAAGCUUUUUCUUUUUGCCCAUUUAUUUCAUUUGCUCAAACUCUCCUAACUAAGUUAACCAACUUUAAUUCCUUCCCAUUUAACAAUUUCUUGAGGAUAAAGAGAACUUUCCAUGUGCAGUGGCUCAAAGAGUAAAGUUUUAACUGCUAAGGAGGUGAUGGAAAGUGAGGAUUAUAAGAAAGAUUCAAUUGAGGAUGAACAGAAAUCUGUACUGUUGCUUGAAUUAUCAGCAACAAAUGAUCUAACUAGUUUUAAGGAUGCUGUGGAGAAAGAGGGUUAUGAUGUGGAUGAAGCUGGUCUUUGGUAUGGGAGGAGAGUUGGGUCUAAGAAGAUGGGUUUCGAGGAGAGGACACCGUUGAUGGUUGCUGCCAUGUUUGGGAGCAAGGAUAUCUUAAACUAUAUCCUUCAGACUGGUGGUGUCGAUGUCAAUCGAGCUAGUGGGUCUGAUGGUGCCACCGCCCUUCACUGUGCAGCGGCUGGUGGGUCCCUAUAUUCACAUGAGGUGAUCAAGCUCUUGGUUGAAUCUUGUGCUGAUGUUGACCGAGCUGAUAUUAAUGGAAAUCGGCCAUGUGAUGUGAUUGCUCCUUGCUUCAGUUUCUCCUCGAAACUGAAGAGGAGAACCCUUGAUAUUUUGUUGAAUAAAGGUGAUCAGGGUGAAGAUGCUUGUGGUGAUCAAAUAGAAGAGGGGCAACAACAACUACAGCUAGAGGAUUUGUCACCCAAAUCCUCGAGUGAUGGGAGUGGAUCAGAGAGGAAAGAAUAUCCUAUUGAUCCUUCUCUCCCUGACAUAAAGAAUGGAAUUUAUGGAACUGAUGAGUUCAGGAUGUACACCUUCAAGGUGAAGCCUUGCUCAAGGGCUUACUCUCAUGAUUGGACCGAGUGCCCUUUUGUACAUCCCGGGGAGAACGCAAGGAGGAGGGAUCCUCGGAAAUACCAUUACAGCUGUGUCCCAUGCCCUGAAUUCCGUAAAGGCUCAUGUCCUAAGGGGGAUGCUUGUGAGUAUGCACAUGGCAUCUUUGAGUGUUGGUUACAUCCAGCCCAAUAUCGAACCCGUCUUUGCAAAGAUGAGACUAAUUGUGCACGGCGUGUGUGCUUCUUUGCACACAAACCAGAGGAGCUCCGCCCCCUGUAUGCUUCUACUGGCUCAGCAGUUCCUUCUCCGAGGUCAUAUUCAUCGAGUGGCCCUUCGUUUGAUAUGGGCUCACUGAGCCCCCUUGCCCUUGGUUCCCCUCCUGUGAUGAUGCCAUCUACUUCCACUCCACCAAUGACUCCAACCGGCGCUUCUUCUCCCAUUGGAGGGGCUGGUGCUUGGCAGAAUCACCUCAAUAUCACACCUCCUCCUGCCUUGCAGCUUCCUGGUAGCAGGUUAAAGGCUGCCCUGAGUGCGAGGGAUAUGGACAUGGAGUCUGGUUUGCGCCGGCAGCAGUUGCUGGAUGAACUUUCUGGCCUUUCUCUAUCCUCUCCGACCAGCUGGAAUGGGAAGAUGGGAAGGCUUGGUGGUUUCUCCCUCUCCUCACCAACUGGGGUGCAGAUGCGCCAGAAUAUGAACCAGCAGCUCCUUUCAAGCUAUUCUUCUGGCAUGCCUUCCUCUCCUGUGAGGGGUUCAUCUUUUGGGAUCGAACCCAGUGGCUCACCUGUUUCAAAUCCAAGAUUGGCCGCUUUUGCUAAGAGGAGUCAGAGCUUUGUCGAAAGGAAUGCUGUUAAUCGGCUGUCAUCUCCUGCUUCUAAUGCUAGUGUGAUGCCUUCUCAUCUCUCAGAUUGGGGUUCCCCUGAUGGUAAAGUGGACUGGGGUGUUCAAGGGGACGAGCUCAGUAAGCUGAGAAAAUCUGCUUCUUUUGCUUACAGAAGCAAUGGCAGUAAUACAGCUGGUAAUCCCAAUCCAAUGCGAGCUGCUGGCGAUGAGCCUGAUGUUUCUUGGGUUCACUCUCUUGUAAAGGAUGCUCCUCCUGGGAGCUCAAAUCAGCUUGGAUUUGAAGAGCAGCUGAGAGAUCAGUAUCAUCUUAACAGUGGUAUGUCGGAGAGGUUCCCACCUUGGGUGGAGCAAUUGUACAUGGAGCAGGAACCAAUGGCUGCUUAAAUACCUGAUCUUAACAUUCAAUUUUAGUAUUAAAAUUACCAAAAAUUUUAGUGCUUAUCUCACCAAUUAGUAGGUUCAAGAAAUCGAAGAACGUAUCCGAAGGGGAAGUAUAAGCUGAAGCUCAAGCAGAGAAUAAAAAGAAUUCUGCUGAUACAUUCAAUAGGAAUUCCAGGAUAAUUACAAGUAAAAGUAUUCUUUUUCCUACAUUAAUUUUAUUGAAGUUAUUUAUUAUUAUUUUCUUCUUUUGAUAUAUUGGGAGUCUUGGAGAUGGAUUAUUAUCAGAAAAGGUUUUGUGCUGAAGGUAGUGAUCAGUAUCUGCAUCCCUAUCUCCCUAUGAAGAUGGUUGCUAAGAAAACAAAAACAGAGAUGUACUGAUAAAUCAAUUGAUUCUUAUAAUUGUAUUA